AUGCCUGCCGAUUACGAGUCCACUGCGCGAGCAUUGUCUCUCCCCGUCACAUCGCCCGAAGAGUCGGAUUCCCCAUUAUUUGCCAGUAUCCGUCCACAAUGGAGCCAUUCUUCCAUUGGCAGACGGGGCUCCCUGCCCAUCUCUGUCCGGGAGGCAGCGACCUUCCGAGACCAAAUCAUUAACCAAGCACAGUCGUCCUGGCGCGCCUUAAGGAAGCGCUGGGAGAAGAUGACACUGGGGCAGAAGGCAUUGGCCGUGUUUGCUUUUAUGCUCAGCGCUGCCCUGGGUGUGGGGUUCAUGAUCUUUACUGGUAAAAUCUUCGUCUGGCUGGGACCUGUGGCCGAGAAGUGGGAGCAUGCACCGCUGGCUUACAUUCUCCUGUGGCUGGGCGUCUUCACGGUGUCCUUUCCUCCAUUGGUGGGCUGGUCGACACUUGGGACGAUAAUGGGAUUUGUCUUUGGUUUUUGGAAGGGAUGGAUUGUUUAUACGACUGCUACCGUCGUGGGCUCGACUUGCGCCUUCAUUGUCUCGCGAACCGUCCUCUCCAAGUUUGUCCACCGGCUGAUGGAGCAUGACAAGCGUUUCGCCGCCCUGGCGUUGACGCUCAAGUAUGACGGCCUCAAGCUCCUUUGUAUGAUUCGGCUCUGUCCGUUACCGUACUCUAUUUGCAACGGCGCCAUUUCUACUUUUCCUACCGUUCAUCCCCUGCGGUAUGGCCUGGCCACGGCCAUUAUAAGCCCGAAGCUGAUGGUCCCGGCUUUCAUUGGGAGUCGACUACGUAUCUUGUCGGGCAACAACGAAGAGAUGAGCGCGGGCUCCAAAGCGGUCAACAUCAUCAGCAUUAUCGUAUCUAUCUGCAUUGGCGUCGGCACGGGUAUAUAUAUCUACCGGAGAACCCUAGCUCGCGCCAAGCAGCUCGAGGCCGAGGAGCGCGCUGGUAUUCGACAAUCGCUGCACGACGAUCACGCCGCACACCGUCCACAUCCUGCCUUCUCAGAUGAUCCCGAGGCCAACGUCGCUGCGGCGCCACUAGCGCGGGAUGAGGAGCACAUGGAUUUUCACGACGAUAUUGAUGAAGAUAACGUCGACAUAGUCGUUGAUGGGGAUGAUGACAACGUCAGCAAUGGGGAUGCUACUUCAGGAAAACCAUAUAAGGAUAACACCGUAUCAUAUCGUGACGAAUUCACGGAUAACGACUCGGAUAUCUUUCGCGACGGCGAUGGUACCAACACGGAAACAUAUGGACUGCAUACCCAUGUGCGUGCAGCUUAA